AUGGAUGCCAAUUCUGCCGGCACUGAUGUAUCUGCUGAUCAUGUCAUUGCCGAGUUGCUCGAGAUGGGGUUCGAGUUCGACAAGAUCAGUGAAGCCAUCGGUGUUGUCGGUCCGUGCCGUGCUGACGUGGUGGAGUUUGUGCUGAAUGGUUCUGGUAGUGCACAAAGAAAGCCAGGUGGGGGGUCGCAAAGACGCUCUUCUGACAGGAGUGCUAGACUGGCUAAUCCCAGGGGGAAAUUUAAGCAGUCUAGCAUUACUGAUCAUAUCGCGUCAACCACUGGCAGUAAAACCGAGUCUUGUGGCGAGGAGCCAAGUACCUCAUAUUCUUGUUUAGCGGCCAACAUGAACCCUGCAUCGACUGCUGCUCUCUGUUUUCAACCAAAGCCAAAACAUCAGACUUUGGUUGACGAUCCUAGAGGCGAGUUUGACCGGACCGACAAAAUUUGUGCUGUUUUGCAAAAGCAUUUUGGAUUCUCCUGUGUGAAGAGUUUCCAAAAGGAAGCCUUGGAUGCUUGGUUUGCUCACAAGGAUUGUCUUGUUCUAGCAGCAACUGGAUCAGGGAAGUCACUUUGCUUUCAGAUUCCAGCUCUUUUGACUACGAAGGUUGUGGUGGUGAUCUCACCCUUGAUUAGUUUGAUGCACGACCAGUGCCUAAAACUUGCAAAACAUGGGAUAUCAGCAUGCUUCCUUGGAUCAGGGCAACCAGAUAAUCGUGUUGAGGGCAAAGCCAUGGCUGGCAUGUAUAAGAUUAUUUAUGUUUGCCCCGAGACAGUUUUAAGACUGAUGGAACCAUUGAAGAAACUUGCAGAAAAACCAGGGAUCGCACUUUUUGCCAUUGACGAGGUUCAUUGUGUUUCUAAAUGGGGUCAUGAUUUCCGACCUGAUUAUAGGAAACUGUCUGUGCUUCGACAAAAUUUCUGUUCCAGCAAAUUGAAGUUCUUGGAACAUGAUAUUCCUUUGAUGGCAUUGACUGCUACUGCAACUCUCCCUGUACGAGAAGACAUUCUCAAGUCCUUGAAAAUGUCAGAACUUACAGUGGUUGUCUUGACGUCCUUUUUCCGACAAAACCUUCGAUUUAAUGUAAAGCACAGUAAAACCUCUGCCUCAUCAUAUGGAAAGGACUUUCAAGAACUAAUAGGGACUUACAACGCUUCAAGGAAUUUCAAGGGGAAAAGCCAGAAAAUUCUUCAUGAAGUUGAGCCUGAGUCUGAAAGCAGCUCAUACGAGUCACUGGACGAUAGUGCAUCAGAUGACGAAGAUGCAAUUGCUGAUAAAACUAAACUUGCCAAGUCUUUCGUAAAAGAAAAUGCUGAACAUGAGCUGGAUCAGUAUCCAGGAGUAGAUGAUUUUGAUGUUUCAUGUGGAGAGUUCCUUGAAAGCUCGCGACCUGAGAGCUUUGCCUUUCCUGUUCAAUCCCAUGAAACUAGUUCAUCAGAAAGUUUGGAUCAAGGUCCUACAAUUGUUUAUGUACCCACGAGAAAAGGAACUGUGGAACUAGCUAACUAUCUGUGCAAAUCAGGCCUCAAAGCUGCAGCGUAUAAUGCAAAGAUGCCUAGAUCACAUUUGAGGCAGGUGCACGAGCAGUUCCAUAGCAAUGCCUUAGAGGUUGUUGUGGCUACUAUAGCAUUUGGCAUGGGAAUUGACAAAUCAAAUGUCAGGAGAAUUAUUCACUACGGUUUACCGCAGAGUUUGGAAGCGUAUUAUCAAGAAGCUGGUCGUGCUGGUAGAGAUGGGAAGUUGUCAGAUUGCACUUUAUAUUGUAAUUUUAUGAGAACACCGACAUUGCUUCCUAACAAAAGAAGCGACGAACAGACAAGGGCAGCAUAUAGAAUGCUACGGGAUUGCUUUCACUAUGCUUUGAACACUUCAACAUGUAGAGCCAGAAUACUAGUAAAGUACUUUGGUGAGGAAUUUGGUCCUGACGGGUGCCAAAUGGACAUGUGGGGCUCAGGCCUAGAUGUCAGUGAUUCAACAAGGAUCUCUUUAAAACUUGCAUUUUCGUGUGACGUCUGUAUUAAUGGCCCUCCUGAAAUGCAUGAUUUCAAGGAAGAAGCAGUUGUGUUCAUGAAUGUGCUCCAAGCUCAAGCUGGACAAGCAAUUGAAGGUAUGGACUACAACAGUACAGACUGUUAUAUAUCUGGAAGGCGAAAUUUUGGGGCGGUACCUGAUUUCAGAACGAUAGUCAGUUAUAUAAGAGAGAAGAUUCCUAGGUUUGCCGUGACAGACAAGAUAUGGUGGCAAGGCCUUGCUCGUAUUUUAGAGGACAUGGGAUACAUACAGGAAGCAGCUGAAAUUCCUCGUGUUCUAAUCCAGCAUCCAGAGCUGACAAGAGCCGGAUUAAAUUUUCUGAGUUCACAACCAGACAAGGAAGGCUUAUACGCAUACCCUGAUGCCGCUACGUUACUGGCGAUUAGUAACCCAAAGUCCUUCUCUUCUUCCUCGGAGUGGGGCAGGGGUUGGGCAGAUCCUGAGAUACGCCGCCAGCGUCUUGCGGGGAAAACAGGAAGAAGGAAAAGGAAGAGGGGUUCUCGGAGGCAGCCUGCAGGUUUCACCACUGCAAAGGAGAGACUAUCAGCAAUACUCUCGAAGUCGAAACGCAGAAAGUAA